AGGCCGUACAGUGCUGUCUAAUGUGAAGGACAGGGCAGCACAUGAGGAGUGGAUGUGUUCAGUACAUUUCUGCCACAGUGUGAAUUUAGAUACCCUUAGAAAUAAGUCCAAGUGGGUCAGUCCAUCAACACCUACACCAAAAGUUGAAUGGACUCUCGAUGAAGUUUGCUCAAGUUUGUUUAAACAAGUUUGUCUAAACGAAGAACCUUCAACAUGUUGAUCACCAAGAUUGAAGCGACGGAGGCGUGUGAUUGGCUGAGAGCUGCUGGCUUUCCCCAGUACGUGCAGUUAUUCCGAGAAUUCCGAGGCCCCGUUGAUGUAGGGUUGGCAAAAAGAGACCAUGACUUCCUGGACAAAGAUGCCCUGGACUCACUUUGCAGGAGAUUAAGCACUUUAAACAAAUGUGGUGAGAUGAGACUGGAGCUGCAUAGAUCAAAGAGACGGGGGGAGGAGUCUGAGGAGGAGGAGCCUGUUGCCAUCAGCAGCCGAUGGACCUAUCACAGGGAGACGCGUCGCUGGCGUCGCGAUGAGGGCCGGGACUUCCUGCGUUGCCCCGACAGCCCCGUUCGCCCAGAGACGCCCCCUUGUGACAUCAUCGGCGCCCGCCGCGAGGACCCGUCCUCCCACAGCAGCGGCAGCGGCACGGAGAGCGAGGGUCACGAGGGGCGCUGCUCCCCCUCCGACCCCCGGGAGACCAGCUCGUCACGCUGCUCCUCCCUGGACGAGGCGCCCGGCGAGCCCCCCUCCCCCAGCCUCAGCGGAGAGGGGGGCCGGGAGAGGCCCCCCAGGAAGAGGGGCCCCGGCUUGCUGAGGAGGAUGGAGAAGCUGAGGCUCCGGGGGGGGACCACCAGCCUGCGCUGUCCCCAGGGCCAUGGCCAGGGCCAGGGUGAGGGCAGGGCCAGGUUGGUGAUCAGCAGCCCAGUGCUCCAGGAGCAGAGUCUGGGGAGAGGCCUGGAGGUGUCCGGCCCCCAGGAGAAGGCCCCAGGCAGGCCCUCGCCCGCCCCGUCCACGCCCCGUCACUCCGGCAGCAGCGACAGCCCGUCGGAGUCCAGCAGUGCAGUCAGCACACCCAGCCCUGUCACUAGGGUGCGCAGUCACUACAAACGGACCCAUGCCCAGAACCAGGCCCAGAACCAGGCCCAGAACCAGGCCCAGAACCAGGUCCAGAACCAGGUCCAGAACCACCACAGGCUACUCCAGAGGGCUCCUGGCAUCCUGGACCAGGACUUGAAUAAUCGUCCCAACCAGCACGAGAGCCUGGUCUUCCUGGUCCCACAGGGACAUAAGCCCGGAACCUUCCCCAUAGCCCUCACCCACACCCUGCCCCUCUCCCCCAGAGACGACACCUCAGUCAACUGGCGUACCGGAAGCUUCCAUGGUUGCCGGGGGAGACGGGGAGGCCGGGGGGAGCAGGAGGCGGUCCGGAGCCCCCUGGCGACGCUCCAACACCGCGUCAGCGUCUACGACAACGUGCCGGCCCUGUCGCUAGGCGUGGCCGUGGGGCGGGAGGGGGGGGGCGAGGCGGGGGACGUGUUUGCGGCGCUGGACAGCGUCAUGGAGCGAAUCAGUGGCCUUCAGAAGCUGGUCUCCACCUGGUCCGAGAGCCUAUCGGAGGACGGGGAUUCUUCGGACUCCACCCGGGGCCCCUCCCCCUCGCCCUGGCCACGCCCGCCCCCCUCCCCCGACCACAUCCACUUGGAGCUGGGGGAGGGAGGAGGCACGGAGGGGGAGGGAGAGGGGGAGGACAGCCUGACACAGUCCAGUCUGCAGGCCAGGAGGCCGGGCCAGCAGCAGGGUGUGUCCAGUCAGCCCAGCAGUGCGCUGCAGAGCCAGCCUCUGUCCCGACUCCUCCUCCUCCAGCAGCUCUCCCUGCUCAAGCUCACCGCCCUCAUGGACAAACACUCACCCUGCAGCAAGCAAGGCUGGAGCUGGACAGUGCCCAAGCCCCCCAGGAAGACUAAGCUGUCAGAGGUGAAGGGCAGGAGGGUGUUCGGGGGCCCCCUCCUCCACAGCAUUCAGCACACAGACGACCCGCUUCCACCCAGCAUCCUCAGAGCCAUGGUGUACCUGAGGACAGAGUGUCUGGACCAGGUGGGUUUGUUCAGGAAGUCGGGGGUCAAGUCUCGCAUCCAAUACCUGCGCGACAUGGUGGAGGCGGACCCCGAGGGCGUGUCCUUCGAGGGCCAAUCAGCCUUUGACGUGGCCGACAUGGUGAAGCAGUACUUCAGAGACCUGCCGGAGCCUGUGUUCUCUGGAAGGCUGUGUGAGACCUUCCUGCACAUCUACCAGUACCUCCCCCAGGAGGAGCAGACGGCGGCGGCCCAGGCGGCCAUCUUGCUCCUGCCGGACGAGAACCGGGAGGCCCUCCGCAUGCUCCUCCUCUUCCUGCGGGACGUGGUCUCCAUGGUGACGGAGAACCAGAUGACGCCCGCCAACCUGGCGGUAUGCCUGGCCCCCUCCCUGUUCCACCUGAACACCCCCAGGAGGGAGAGCACCACAGCCAGGUCGAGCCACAGGAAGUGCAGUCUGGGCCGUCCGGACGCGAGGGACCUGAGUGAGAACCUGGCUGCCACGCAGGGUCUGGUUCACAUGGUGACCGAGGCCGACCGCCUCUUCCAGCUGCCAGAGUUCUGGCCCGGACAGGCCCUGGCCAGCAUCAGCAGGGAGUCUCUCCGGGCGGAGGAGGAGCAGGAGGAGGAGGAGGAGAGGGUGCGUCUGGAGCAGAGCACCCAGCUGCUCCUCAGGGAGGCCAGGAGCCGGGGCUGGGAGUCGGCCUCGGGCCCCGAGCACGUCGACCUGGCCUCCAAGAAGGUUGGCGAUGGCAGUCCCCUCCGGUUGUGGCGGGGGUUGGUGGAGGUGGAUGCCCCCCACGGAGACCUCCACCGGCGGCUCCUCCGGGAACACCGCCUCUGGGAGGGGAACCUCCAGAAGGCCGCGGUGCUCCAGACCCUGGCCAAGGACACGGAGGUCUACCGCUACCUCCUCCAGAGCAGGGACCACGGCCUGGGGCCCCGGCCCCCACAGGAGUACCUGCUGCUGAGGAGGUGGCAGUGUGACCCAGCGUCGGGACCCCUCUACGUGUCCUCCGUGUCCACGGAGCGCCCUGCGGUGGCGGGGGAGGGGGUCCGGGCGCAGGUCCUCUCCUGCCUCUACCUGGUGGAGCCGCUGGGAGCCAGGAGGAGCCGACUCACCCACCUCUGCCGCGCUGACCCCAGGGGUCGCACCCUGGACUGGCACCAGAGGGGGGCGGGGCAGCUGCUGGCCUGCGGCCUGCUGGCCAUCCGAGACUCCUUCAGACCCGAGCACAGAGACGACAAGAUAUAAGAACGGCCUCCGCCGGUCGCAGGCAGAACCAAAGGCCCGGGAACCUGACCAAUCGAGACGAUCAGAGUCAGGGGUAUGACGCCGGUAACCCCCAAAGAUAGCUGCUUCUCAUUGGUCAGGGAUGACCAUGGGGGCGCGACGGGAGAACCAGCCGGAACCGGAGCGCUCUGAACCACAGACAGACGGACGUUCGUGGAGGAUGUUGGAGACGAGACUCGUUACCUCAGGCACGGUUGUGAAUUUGUGCUGCCCACCCCUUUCCCCUCAGAAGUACGGGCGAGAGAGACUGUGUGCGAGUGAGAGAGAGGAACAAAGCGAGAAAGAAAGUGUGUGGGAGAGAUUAGACAGUGUAGAGGGAGAGGCUACGCUGGAUCAGGGCCGACACAACAGCCUGUCACCAUAACGAUCCGUCUGACUGUUGCAGGCCUGUUGCCUGGCAAGGGGGUCCCUGACACAGUCGUUCAGGCCUCGAGCUGUUUUCUUUUUUAAGAUUGUAAACCAGGUGACAGCUUGAUGAGCUAAUGUACCUCAGGAGCACAGACACCGGUGCAUCACUUUAAGACACGGUCGAGUAUCCAGGAAAUGUUUCUAAGACACGGUCGAGUAUCCAGGAAAUGUUUCUCUCUCUCUCAGGUUGAGAACGUUUAUUUUGCGGGCUUGACGUUGCGAGAGACUUACUUCCUGGUUCUUUACCCCUUUACUUGUAAGUUUGGCAUUUUAAUCUAUUUAUACAUUGUCAAAAGUAUAAUUUGCUAGUUAACUUCUUAUGUGUUUGCUAUGAAUCAACAGUGUGUUGCCUGACUGCUUAAUGGUAUUAUUCUCUUAAAUGCCACCAAAUAGCAUGUCUGCUGUUACCAUGGUGAUUAAUACUGUAUUUAACUUGAUGGAUGUUUUUCCUAUACCUUUACUGUACAUAAGCGUCAGUGCGUGGGUUAUUUAACUGAAUAUUUGCAUUCAAUAAUACAAAAGAGAUCUAUUUAAUAUGUCUAAAAGCCUUUAGAAUGUCCUCUAGUGUGUUAUCAAAGUUUAUGAGCGACAUCAACUAAUUAAAGCGUUGCAGUUCUCGAG